AUGAUGUAUCCUAUAUCUUUUCUUCUAAUAAUAUAUAUUUUAAUUAGUAAUAAUAUAAUAAAAUGUUAUUGCUCUACUAAAAAUGCACCUGUGACUAGUAUAUCAGUAUUUUUGCCAAAAGUGGAUGGUACACGGAUAAGCUCUUCUGAAGGUUUAGCGGAUCAAUCACAGGCAACUGCAACUGCAGUAUCACAUGUAAAUACAAAGGAAGGUAAAUGGAAAAAGAUACUCAAAAGGGGAGAAAGUCUCCAAACAGGUCAGCAGAAUAGUUCUAUUGUAGGAGCACCAAAUGGACCUGCACAACAACCAAUUAUGGUGCGUCUCUCUAAUGAACAUGGCAAUUCAGGAAGUAAUGAUGUUCCUGCAGAACGUGUAUCGUCAGAUAUUUCAAAUGUAGUUCAAGUCAAAUCAGCACUAUUGAAAGAACAUAAGGGUAUAAAAAUAACUGGUCCGUGCACUGCAAAAUUUUAUGUGUUCCUUAUUCCAUUUUUAGAAAUUUAUGUUGAUGCCGAAAAUAAUGAAAUAGAAAUGAACCCGAUAUUUAUAAAAAUAACAGAAAAAAUAUUAUUUGAAAAGGAAAAAUCUAAUUUGCAUAAUAAGUGUGCUCAUAACAAAACCUUUAAGGUCGUAGUGUACAUUGAAGAAAACAUAUUAACCCUUAAAUGGAAAGUGUAUCCAUCUACAACUGAAACAGACAAAAUGGUAGAUGUAAGGAAAUACAGAAUGAAAGAUAUAGGAAGACCAAUUACUUCAAUACAAGUAAUAACCUCGUCAAAUCCUGAAAAGCAGAUUCUUAUUGAAAGCAAAAAUUACAGCAUAUCAAAUAUGCCAGAAAAAUGCGAUGCAAUAGCCAGUGACUGCUUUUUCGGCGGUAUUAUCGAAAUAGAAAAGUGCUACCAAUGUGCUUUAUUCUUAGAGAGUAAAGAAAAAGCCAGUGAAUGUUUAAACUAUGUUUCUGCUGAUAUGAGGCAACGAUUUGACGAAAUAAAAACUGAAGGGCAGGAUGAUGAAAAUUAUAAUGAAAUCCAGCUUACAGAAGCGAUUGACAGUAUACUUAUGGGAAUUAAGGACAAUAACAAGAAUAAUAAAAAAGAUUUAGCAAUUCCACAAGAUUUAGAUAGUACAUUAAAAAGGCAGAUAACAAAUUACUGUAAUUUGCUAAAAGGAUUAGAUAUGACUAGGAUGUUAGAAAAUUACGAGUUGGGUAACGAGAUGGAAGUACUGAACAAUUUGAAUAGAAUGUUAAAAAUGCAUAAAGGUGAAAAAUAUAUUUCACUGAAAAAUAAAUUAAAAAACGCAGCAAUAUGCAUGAAGAAUGUAUCUAAUUGGGGGGAAAACAGAACAGGUUUAGUACUACCAGAUUUGCCUUAUAACAAAUUAGAAGGGAAGAAUGUUAUGCAUUUUAACUAUGAUGUUGAGCUUAAAGAUUAUAAAAAUGUAGGUAAUUCUAUAUACAAAGAAGAUGAUGAUGGAGUUGUUGAUCUGACAAAAUAUGAAGAAGCAGAUAUGAACACUGCCCGUUUUACAGAUAGAAUGUAUUGCAAUGAAGACUAUUGUGAUAGAUGGAAAGAUAAGAAUAGCUGUGUUUCAAAAAUUGAAGCAGAAGAUCAGGGAAACUGUGCAACAUCAUGGUUAUUUGCAUCUAAGCUGCACCUAGAAACUAUUAGAUGUAUGAAGGGUUAUGAUCAUGCAAGUGGUUCGGCUUUAUAUGUGGCUAACUGUUCGAAAAUAGAACCUGAUGAAAGAUGCAAAGUUGGGUCUAAUCCUCUAGAAUUUCUAAGAAUCAUUGAUGAAAAAAAGAUCCUACCUUUAGAAUCUAAUCUUCCAUAUUCAUACAAAAAUGUAGCUAAUGAUUGUCCAAACCCCAAGUAUCAUUGGACUAAUUUGUGGACAGAUACGAAAUUAAUGGAUUACAAGUAUGAACCCAAUUCGUUAGGGGCCAAAGGAUAUACUGCUUAUGAGAGUUACAAAUUUAGGGGAAAUAUGGACACGUUCAUCAAAAAAAUAAAGCAUGAAGUUAUGCACAAAGGAUCUAUGAUUGCUUAUGUGAAGGCAGAAAAAAUAAUGAGUUACGAUUUUAAUGGAAAGAAGGUUUACAGUUUAUGUGGUGAAAAAAUGCCUGACCAUGCUGUUAAUAUCAUUGGUUGGGGUAACUACAUAAGUGAUAAAGGAAUGAAAAAGUCUUACUGGAUAAUGAGAAACAGUUGGGGUAAGUAUUGGGGGGAUGAAGGAAAUUUUAAGGUCGACAUAUAUGGCCCCGAAAAAUGUGAACAUAAUUUCAUACACUCUGCUGUAAUGUUCAACAUUGAUAUGCCAUUAGCAAAAGUCAAUACGAAGAAAGAAGCCGAAUUAUAUAAUUACUACUUAAAAAUUUCCCCAGAUUUUUAUAGUAAUCUGUACUAUAAAAAUUUCAGCUCAGAUAAAACUUACUAUUCAAACAGCCGAAAGGGUCUAUAUUGGAACUCUAUGAUACAUGGUCAAACAGAUGAACCAUCCUUUCCAUCAACAGUGGAAAGACAAGGAAUACCAGGAGGAGCAGUAAUGAGUCCAGGACGAACACAACUACUUGUCACAUCAGUGUCUGUAGGUAGAGAAGGCACAGAAAAAUCGACCCAUGAAGUACGUCCAACUGGAGGAUAUGCACCAAUACUAGAAGGAGAACAUCCAAGAUCAGAAUCCCCACGUUCAGUAACAGAUGCGAGAGUACCACCUUCAUCACCCGUAUCAUCUUAUAAUUUUUUAUAUAGCCAAGUAGAUGAAAAGACUAAAAUUCUUCAUAUUUUAAAACAUGUUAAAGAUGGAAAAUUAAAAAUUGGUUUAGCUAAAUAUGAUAUCCUUAAGUCUGCUAGUGGUGAUCAUGUUUGUUCAAGGUCAUAUGCAUAUGAUCCAGGGAAGCAAGAAGAGUGCUUUCAAUUUUGUGAAAGGCACUGGAAUGAAUGUAGAGGUAGUUAUUCUCCCGGGUAUUGCUUAAGUAAAAAGAGAAAAAAAAAUGAUUGCUAUUUCUGCUACGUGUAG